AUGGAGGAGAAAGAAGCUGUCCCUCAGGCCGUGUCUGCAGACCGCACCGACGAAGCGGUGCUCUACCUGGAGGGCCAUGCCACAGCCGAGUCGGACGCCCUCCAGACCGAUCUUCGGGCUCUGCGUCGCAAGAUUGACUUUCGUCUCCUUCCGUUCAUGUUCUGCUGCUACGUCCUGCAGUUCCUGGACAAGGUGAUGCUCAACGUAAGUGUCGUGACCCAGCCCUUCUCGUCGCCAUCCGGUCGAUCUAACACCGUGGGAGCCGGACAGUAUGCCGCCGUGAUGGGGAUGAAGACAGACCUCGGGCUGAAGGGCAACGAAUAUACCAACACCGCGACGUGGUUCUUCCUGGCCUACCUGAUCGCCGAGGUGCCCAACAUCUACUGCCUCCAGAAAGCUCCGGCAGCGAAGUGGCUCGGGGCCAACGUCACGCUCUGGGGCGUCGCGGCGGCCGCAUCAGCCGGGGCGACCAACUACACCACCCUCCUGACCGCGCGGGUCUUCCUGGGCAUCUUCGAGGCCACGAUCGGUCCAUCGCUGAUGCUCAUCAGCAGCCAGUACUACACCAAGAGCGAGCAGGCCCCGCGCUUCACCUUCUGGUACAACGGGCUGGGGGUGGCGCAGAUCAUUGGCGGUCUGGUGUCAUUUGGCUUCCAGCACGUCGAGCACACGUCCAUGGCCGGAUGGCGCAUCAUGUUCCUGGUGAUCGGGCUGGUCACCGUCGUGGUCGGGGUACUCACCUUCCUGCUGAUCCCCGACACCCCCAUGCAGGCCCCCUGGCUGUCCAGCGAGGAGAAGGUCGCUCUCCUGCAGCACGUCAGCAUCAACCAGACCGGGGUCUGGAGCAGCACGUUCAACGGGAAGCAGAUCUGGGAGGCGGUGCGCGACGUCCAGCUCUGGCUGCUGACCUUGAUCACCAUCUUGAUCUCCGUGUCCAGCGGUGUCGUCACCACCUACUCGGCAACCCUGGUGGCCGGCUUCGGCUACUCGGGUCCCAUUUCGGCCCUCCUCAACACGCCCGCGGGGCUGGUGAGCAUCUGCUUCACGCUGCUGGUGGGCAUCGGCAUCCGCCGGACCUCACACCGGUGGGUGUGGAACGUGCUCUGCACCAUCCCGGGCAUCAUCGGCGGGGCGCUGAUGUCGUUCCUCCCCCAGCGCGACAAGACCGGGGUGCUGAUCGGCAUCUACCUGGUCAACGCCAUCGUGGCGACCCUGCCGAUCCUGUACCAGUGGACGAUGGCCAACUGCGCGGGACACACGAAGCGGGCCUUCAGCAGCGCGCUCAUCGCGGGCUCCUUCUCGGUGGGCAACAUCAUCGGCCCGCAGACGUUCCAGGCGCGCGACGCCCCCGAAUAUCGGCCGGCCAAGAUCGCGGUGCUGGCGACGCAGGCGGCGGCGGCGGUGAUGUCGGUGGUGCUGUUCGCGUAUUACCGCUGGGAGAAUCGGCGGAGGGAGGCGCGGUUUGGGAGGGUCGAGGAGGCGAUGGUGGAUCAGGCCAAGUGGGCGGGACUGACGGACAAGCAGAACACGCAGUUUCGCUAUGUGUAUUAA